GCUACGGGCACCUGCUGUGCCGGGGGCCUCGGGUGACAUUGGGCCUCGGCAGCUGAAGGGAUUGGACGGGCACUUGAAUCUGGUAGAAAGGGAGAUCUUCGCCUGCUGCCGCCAUGUUUCGCGUUAUCAUCAGCCACGCCAAGAAGCACCCCAGCUUGAUCCCUCUGUUUUUGAUCAUCGGAUCUGGAGGCGUUGGCGCAGGCCUGUAUCUUUUGCGUUUGGCAAUGUUCAACCCUGAUGUCAGCUGGGACAAGACCAAUAAUCCAGAACCUUGGAACAAGCUGGCUCCCAGUGACCAGUACAAGUUCUACUCAGUUAACGUAGACUACAGUAGACUGAAAAAGGACCGUCCUGACUUCUGAACAGCACACUCAUCUCCAUAAGCUGCACAGAAAGGUCUUCCAAAAGUCAUCCGCACAAUUGUCAUGCUUUAUCAUCCUGGAAAUAAUCAAACUUGCCUCACACUGCACUUAAUCAUGUGUUUGAAAGUUUUUGAUGAGGCCUAAUAAACGUCUGAAACUUGAA